AUGACGGUUUCGCCUGAGGUGAUGCCAGAACGCAGCCCGCGUGGGUUUGAGGGAGUAUUUGAGUCUCCUUCUGUGUCAGAGCCAUGGAUUACAGCUCCCAGCGUGACUGUUGAAUAUAGCGAUGAUCUGCUACCUUCCGGUGAAGAAUCGGAUGGUCUAGAUGGCCUGGAUGGUCUAGCUACCCCUCUGAUACCUGGCAAUUUGGUAUCAUUAGCACCGACCAGCGCAUCGCCAUUUGUCAGCCCUACCGUCACAGUCACAGUUUUAGAAGAAACGGUGACGACCAGCGCGAUACCUCGUGGGUCAGGAAGACCUGGGGAAUCAAUUUCACAAACAAGCCCGAGCUCCUCAACUUCGAAGGUCAUAGAGGUGGUGCCGUCGGCGACACCGUCGUUAGUACCGGGGAGAAGCUUGAUUUCAAGUCCCAAUCCGGAUUCGAGCUCGACACCUGGAGGUGCGACGGGAAGCCCUUCGAACGUUGAGAUUUCUAUACCUGCGGCUUCGGCGCCCGGCGUCUCCGUCACUUCUGCUCAGCGAGAGCCACCAGAGACACCAAGGCAGUCGACAAGUGUCAGCGCUGUGGAGGCAUCACGGACUCCGCUACCGUUGUUUACUGGUAGCCCACUACUGUCACCGACUGGGGCACCGCUGCCGUCAUCAAGCGUUGUUGCAAUUGUACCGACCGAGACCCCAACACCCCUAUCAAGUGUGAACGACUUCUCGCCGACACGGACGCCUACUCCUUCAUCAAGUGUCAAUGAAGCCCCACCGAUCAGGACACCAACACCAAUACCAACACCAACACCAACGCCAACACUAACGCCAACACCAACACCAACACCAAAACCAGCGCCUUCAUCAAGUUUCGAUGAAAACCUACCGACUCAAACACCGAUCCCUUCUUCAAGUGUUUCGGAAACCCUUGCAACCGGGAAUCCUACGCCUUUACCAAGCGGAACCGAAAUCGUACCGACCCAGACACCGAUACCUUCCUCGAGUAUCAACAGCAUACUACCCACGAUAACAGCAACGCCUACGUUAAGUAUGGUCACAAUGCUACCCACGAGGACAUCUAUUCCAUCAACGAGUUUCAACCCAAUAGGACCGAGUGUAUCACCAGCUGCAGCGCAGGUUUCCAUCUCAGCUUCACCAGUUUCUCCGAGCCGACCUGCAGAUGUUGACGACUCGCCUGAUUUAUCUUCCGACCCACCGACUCCCGUUGCCCCGUCAUCUGAAGUCGACGUUCCCAAUCUUGUGAAAGCGACUGACGAAGAAGACCCAGGAUCAUCUCCGGAAGCGCAGAUACUGGGAACGCCGGAGGGAGUGGCAGUCUGGUCGCCGGUGCCGAGCGAAGAAUAUGUUCCCUUGUUUCCGUGUGCGGAUUACGGCCUGGUCCAUGACAUGCGAGAGCUCAACCACACAAACAAUUAUCAAAGGGUGUCGAUGCAAAUUCAGGUGGCCGGCCCGAACGUAACGAAUACUUGUGGGCUGACGGAGAGGGUGUUGGAGAGGUUUAUCAAUUUCAGUGCCGCGAAUACGCAAUCGAAUGCGAGGCAAUGGUACGUCACCCGAGUUGAGGAUGGACCAGCUGUUUACAGUGGACAGUUUUCGCUGGUGACGAUUGUUGAGCCCGACGAGUUUGGAAGCGUGAAUGAAACGGGCAGCCCAUCGCCAUCGGCAACAGCGAAAGCAGCGGAGCUGUAUCGAGGAUCUGUGAUAUUUGCAGUGGUGGCAUACAUGAAACCGGCGUCUGUGGAUCUGGCAGCAGGGUCCUACAUGGACUACGUCAUGUCUCAAAGAAUUGUGUACGCCCUUCAAGACCAAGGAUUUAGAGACAUUCUUUGGACCGGAAUGCUGAUGAGCCCACAGCUUUUGGACUUGAGGACGGCGAGUGUCGAGGAUUCGGAGGAGAAGGGAAGUAAUAUUGGAGGUACGAUCGGGUUGGUGUGCCUUGGGGUUGUAGGGGUUGUGGUGCUAGCAAUAUUUGUUGUUAAGGACAGCUCUCUAGGUGGGGUGGCAAGUGCAGCGGCUGCUAACGCACCUACUACCGGGGAUGAAAUGGCUUGA